UGAAUCAUCUGUUCGUUAGUACUGUGUACAUACCAUUUUAUAAAAAGGGAAGGAGCAAAAUUCAAUUUCACCGCCACUCUGCUCCGGCGUCUCAGGCUCUCAGCCACAGCAAAUGGCGGUGACCGACUUCUUCGUCGGCGAAAUCGCCACCGAGCUCCUCAAGCAGCUCAUAAGCAUAACCAGAAAAUCCGCCCUCUGCAAGACCACCGCCGAUCAGCUCACCUCCACCAUCAACGAACUCCUCCCCAUAAUCCAAGAGAUCAAGUACUCCGGCGUCGAAGUUCCCGCCAACCGCCAGCGCCAGCUCGACACUUUCUCCGAUACGCUUCGAGACGGCUCGGAGCUCGCCUUAAAAGUCCGCUCCUGCGGCCGCUGGAACGUCUACAAGAACCUGCAGCUGGCCAGGAAGAUGGAUAAGUUUCAGAAGCGGAUCAACACGUUCGUCAACGGCACGAUGCAGGCGCACGUGCUCGCCGACGUGCACCACAUGAGGUUCGAGUCGGCGGAGAGGUUCGAUCGGCUCGAGGGCUCGACGCGGCGGCUGGAGCAGCGGCUCGGCGCCAUGAAGAUCGGCGUCGGCGAGGGUGGGUUGUUGGGGGAGGCGUUGAAGAGGGUGGAGGAGGAGCAGAGGUACGAGGGUAGUUUGGUAAAUUUGGGGGUGGGGAUGGAAUUGGGGAAGAGGAAGGUGAAGGAAAUGGUGAUUGGGAGGGAGGAUUUAGUUGUGGUUGGGAUUUGUGGGAUUGGUGGCAGUGGAAAGACUACUCUGGCUAGAGAAAUAAGCAGAGAUGAUGAAAUUAAAAGUCAUUUCAACGACAGAGUUUUCUUUUUCACGGUGUCGCAGUCUCCAAAUGUGGAGCAAUUGAGGUUAAAGAUUUGGGGAGUGAUAUCGGGAUGCCAUUUUGCUGAAUCUAGUGAUAUGGUGUUGCCACAAUGGAACCUGCAAUAUAAUUUUAGGACUGUUGUGCGAACACUGGUGGUUUUGGACGAUGUUUGGUCACUCGGGGUGCUUCAACAGCUCAUUUUUAGUGUCCCCGGAUGCAAAACCCUUGUAGUUUCCCGAUUUAAAUUCCCUCCGGCAGUUAUCAACUCCACCUAUGAUUUGGAAUUGUUAAAGGAGGAGGAAGCCAUGUCCUUGUUCUGCCACUUUGCAUUUGGACAGAAGUCCCUUCCUUUUGGUACUAAUGAGAAAUUAGUCAAGCAGGUUGUUGAUGAGUGUAAAGGGCUUCCGUUGGCUCUAAAAGUUAUUGGAGCUUCAUUAAGAGAUCAGCCUGAACUGAUUUGGACAAGUGCCAAGUACAGACUUUCGAUUGGCCGGUCAAUAUGCGAAUCCCAUGAGAUACAGCUUCUCGAACGGAUGAAAUUAAGUGUAGAUCACUUACCUGGGAAGUUCAGGGAGUGUUUCUUAGACUUGGGUUCCUUCCCAGAAGAUACAAAAAUUCCCCUUGAUGUUCUUAUUAAUAUGUGGGUGGAGUUGCAUGGUAUCAAGGAGGAAGAAGCAUUUGCGAUUCUUGUUGAACUUUCUAAUAAGAAUCUCCUCACCCUAGUGAAAGAUGAACGUGCUGGAGAUAUGUAUAGCAGUUACUAUGAGAUUUCUGUAUCUCAGCACGAUGUGCUGAGAGAUCUAGCUAUUUACUUGAGCAAUAGCGGGAACAUAAAUCAAAGAAAGAGAUUGCUUAUGGCAAGGAGGGAAUCGGAGCUCCCAAAAGAAUGGGAGAAUGUGGAUCAACCAUUCAAUGCCCAAAUUGUUUCGGUCCAUACAGGUGAAAUGAGAGAAAUGGACUGGGUAAGCAUGGACUUCCCAAAGGCUGAAGUUCUUAUCCUCAAUUUUUCCUCGAGUGAAUAUUUCCUUCCACCAUUUAUAGAUAACAUGCCCAAGCUUAGGGCAUUAAUUCUCAUCAAUUACAGCAACUCAAAUGCUGUACUUCACAACGUGUCGGUUUUUUCCAAUCUGUCCAACUUGAGAAGCGUGUGGUUUCAAAAAAUCACUGUUCCCCACUUACCAGAAACUACAAUACCCCUCAAGAACUUGCGCAAAAUCUCUUUAGUUCUCUGCAAGAUUAACGGCAGCCUUCAUCAAACAGAUAUGCCACACCUAUUCCCUCGGCUCACGGAACUCACAAUGGAUCACUGCAUCGAUCUGAUCGAGCUGCCUCCAAGCAUUUGCGAGAUGUCCUCAAUCAAGAGCCUAAGUGUCACCAACUGCCAGAGUCUCAAACAACUGCCCGUUGAUUUGGGUAAACUGAAAUCUCUACAGAUUUUAAGGAUAUAUGCUUGCCUGGAACUGAGAAAGCUUCCUCCCGGCAUUUGUGACCUGGUCCAUUUGAAGUACCUCGACAUUUCCCAGUGUCUUCAUCUAGAAUGCCUUCCUGACCGGAUAGGCGAAUUGAUUGACUUGGAGAAGAUCGACAUGAGAGAGUGUCCACAGAUGAGAAACCUGCCCAAGUCUCUGGCGUCAUUGCGGUCCUUGAGUCGUGUUAUUUGCGAUGAAGAGAUUUCUUGGCUGUGGAAAGAUAUGGAGAAGGCUCUACCUCAUCUGUAUGUUAAGGUUGCAAAGGAAUGCUUUAAUUUGGACUGGCUGAAAGAGUAAAUAAGGUCUUAAAACUUUGUCCUUUCCUUUGAUAUAUUUUUCUUCCUGUGCUAUUCAUUGUAUAUAAUUUGUAGUAAAUUUGGACUGGCUUAAAGAGUAAAUACCUACUGUUGUUGUUGUUGUUGUUG